CCUGGCCAGUAUGAACAUCUGCAGUUAUUUUAAUGGCUUUUUCUUCAUUAUUUUGUUACAUACCAGAGAGAUAAAAAAGAUGAAGGUUAUAAAUACCAUGAUAAAUCCAUCAAGAGUAAAUCCCAUGGAUUGGAUAGUGGGCAGUCUGAAGAUGACCGUGAUUCUCCAGUACCCAAAAGGACAAAAAUGGGAGAAAAGGUGAAUGGUGAUACUGAGGAUGGAAGCCCUGCCCGCAGGAAAAGAUCUUCAUCCCUGAAUAAUGGCACGACCCACACAAAGACGCAGCAUCAUUCCAGUGAAGGAUCCAGUGGAGAGGGUGACAGUGAACAAGAGCAGGAAUUGACUACAGAACAGAAAGACGGUGCUUUCUCCAAUUUUUAUAUCUCUAAAGAGACUAUUGAACUCCUUCGAGCUCGAGGUGUAUCAUACCUGUUUCCUGUGCAAGUAAAGACCUUCUAUCCUAUAUAUGACGGCAAAGAUGUUAUAGCUCAAGCAUGGACUGGAACUGGAAAAACAUUCUCUUUUGCUAUUCCUUUGAUUGAAAAGCUUCAAGGAGACACCCAGGAGAGAAGAAGAGGCCGGAGUCCAAAGGUGCUAGUUCUUACCCCAACCAGAGAGCUGGCAAACCAGGUAGCCAACGACUUUAAGGACAUCACAAGGAAACUCACUGUUGCUUGCUUUUAUGGAGGAACUUCGUAUAAUGGGCAAAUUGACUUAAUUAGAAGCGGCAUUGACAUCUUGGUAGGGACCCCAGGUCGAAUCAAAGACCACCUUCAGAAUGGCAAGCUGGAACUUUGCAAACUUAAGCAUGUUGUUUUGGAUGAAGUUGACCAAAUGUUGGACAUGGGAUUUGCUGAACAAGUGGAGGACAUUUUACGAGUUGCGUACAAAAAGGAUUCAGAAGAUAACCCUCAGACGCUCCUGUUUUCUGCCACUUGCCCAAAUUGGGUGUAUGAUGUGGCUAAGAAAUACAUGAAAUCCCGAUAUGAACAGAUUGACCUAAUUGGGAAGAGGACUCAAAAAGCAGCUACAACUGUAGAACAUUUGGCUAUAGAAUGCCACUGGACUCAAAAAGAAGCAGUUAUUGGGGAUGUCAUUCAGGUCUACAGUGGGAGUCAUGGACGGACCAUAGUCUUUUGUGAGACCAAAAAGGAGGCAAAUGAACUGGCUCUUAAUGCCUCAAUUAAACAGGAUUGCCAGUCAUUGCAUGGUGACAUUCCUCAGAAACAAAGGGAGAUAACAUUGAAAGGCUUUAGAAAUGGUGCGUUUAAAGUUCUUGUUGCAACCAAUGUGGCUGCUCGUGGCUUAGAUAUUCCUGAAGUUGACCUGGUUGUACAAGGUUCGCCACCGAAGGAUGUAGAGUCCUAUAUUCAUCGUUCAGGACGGACAGGUCGAGCUGGACGGACUGGGAUUUGCAUUUGCUUUUAUCAGCCGAAGGAAGAAUAUCAACUCAGAUAUGUGGAACAGAAAGCGGGAAUUACUUUUAAGCGUGUGGGGGUUCCCACUGCAACAGAUAUAAUAAAGGCUUCCAGCAAAGAUGCAAUCAGGUGUCUGGAUUCUGUUCCUCAAACGGCCAUUGACUAUUUCAAAGAGUCUGCUCGAUGGCUAAUAGAAGAAAAGGGAGCAGUUGAAGCCCUGGCUGCAGCACUAGCCCAUAUUUCUGGAGCUACUUCCAUUGAACAGCGUUCUUUACUCAAUUCAGAUGUGGGAUUUGUUACAAUGAUACUGCAAAGCUCAGAAGAAAUAAAUAAUAUAAGCUAUGUCUGGCGUGGACUGAGAGAACAGCUGGGUAUUGAUAUUGAUAGGAAGGUGCACAGACUGUGUUUUAUCAAGGGAAGGAUGGGUGUAUGUUUUGAUAUUCUUGCUUCAGAUCUACGAGAAAUACAGGGAAAAUGGCAGGAUUCAAAAUACUGGCAGCUAUCUGUAGCAACUAAAUUACCUGAGUUGAUAGAAAGCCAGCGAGAAGGAGACAGAGGAUCCUCAGACUCCAGGAGACGAGGUCGCAGCUCUAGACACAGAUCAAGACACAGAGGACAUAAGCGGAGUCAUGACCGAGCAUAUGAUCGUUAGCUUUGAUUAAAUUUGCAGAAGUGGGACUAAAAUAUAUUUUAUGGCACUGAAUAGGUUGCUCUCUUAAGUUUCUACUGCCUGCAAAAUAUGUCAUUCAAGAUAUUUUUUUCCCAGUAUUGUUAUGGAUGUAAGUAACGUCCACUGUAUGAAAUUACAGUUUAGUUUAAACAAUUUAAGUCCAACCAUUGUCUCCCUCUCAGGUAUGUCCAAGGGUGAUUCAUCAGCAUAUUCUGCAGAUUCUUAUUCCAGGAGAGGGGUUAUUUACAUUCAGUUCUCUAGGUUGGGCUAUUAUAAAACAUAGAGAUCUUCACUGGUGACUGAAACCUGUACAUUUCCAAAAGAAUUAAAACAUUAUUUCUACAAGUU